UUUUAACUUGUUUUGUUCCCAAUCUCACGAUUAUAGUUCAUCAAUUAAUUAUUAUAGUAUUUUAGAUAUCUAAGAUGAAUAAAAUUUUUCCUGUUUUAAAAAGGAAUUUAUCUCACGUUUGUAAUUUGAAACCGUAUAAAGAAACCAAAUGGUUGAUGCCAAAUGGUAAUCCAACUGGAGUUUACGUUUAUAAUUGUGUGGCCGAAGAAAGAGUUCCAGUUAUCUUAAAUGAUCCUGCGAUGGCUACAUGGUACUCGUGUGGUCCCACCGUCUAUGACUCUGCCCAUAUAGGCCACGCUUGUUGCUAUGUUAAAUUAGACAUUAUCCAAAGAAUAUUGAAAACAUUUUUCAAUAUAAAGCUCGUAACCGCAAUGGGCAUGACAGAUAUUGAUGAUAAGAUAAUAAAAAAGGCGAAAGAGACAAAAACUGACUAUAAAGCUGUCGCAAAGCAGUUUGAACACGAAUUCUGGAUAGACUUGACCAAUUUAAACAUUGAAAAGCCCAUGAUAGUUACUAGAGUUUCGGAUCAUAUAAAUACAAUAGAAAAAUUUAUAAAAAAAUUAAUUGAAGCAAAUAUGGCAUACAUAACCAAAGAUGGUUCAGUUUAUUUUGAUACAACAAAGUUCCAUCUAUAUGGUAAGUUACAAUCAAUGCAGGAUACUGGGGAGCCAAGUGAUGAAUUAAAAAAUAAUAAAAUGGAUUUUGCUUUAUGGAAAGGAUAUAAACCAGGGGAGCCCAGUUGGCAAACACAUUGGGGAGAUGGGAGACCUGGCUGGCACAUUGAAUGCUCAGCAAUGGUCAGUAAAGUUUUUGGCUCCCAAUUAGACUUUCAUGCUGGUGGUAUUGACUUGAAAUUCCCUCACCAUGAAAAUGAAGAAGCUCAAUCAUGUGCAUUCCAUAGCACAAGACAAUGGGCCAACUAUUGGAUCCACACUGGCCAUUUAAAACUAAAAGAUACAAAAAUGUCCAAAUCCCUUCAAAAUACUAUUUCAAUACCAAACUUAUUAGAAACAUACAGUGCAGACACAUUUAGAAUGGCUUGUCUGCUAUCAAAUUAUAGGCAUCCAAUGGAAUACAGCGACCAAAUGAUGAAUAUGGCCCAAGAAGUUGUAAAUAAAUUUAAGUUUUUCCUGAAAGAUGUUAGUGUUUAUGUGAAUGAUAGUCAUGGGAGUAGUGCCUCAUAUAAUUAUAAGCUUUUGAACAGUUUGCAGCUAACUCAAGAGAAAAAUUUAGAGGCUCUAAAAAAUGAUUUUGAUACACCAGCUUGUAUCAAUUCAAUGCUAAGUUUGAUGAGUAAUGCACAUAGCAUAAUGAAAAUAGAUACAACAAACUUCUAUCCUGUACCAAUGAUACUGAUUGCAGAUUAUAUAUUAGAUAUGUUAACAAAAUUUGGUCUGCAAUUGAAAGAAUCUUCAGAGCAUAAUAUAUCAAAUUCACUCAUUGAUGCCUUGGUAGAGUUUAGGCAUACUGUAAGAGGUAAUGCUUUGAAAGCAAAAGAUAAGGAAUUGCUCACAGCAUGUGAUAUAGUUAGGGAUAAAAUGAAAUCUGUGAAAAUACAAAUCAAUGAUAGCAAAACACCAUCAUGGGUUUAUGUUAAAUAAAAAUAUGUGUUCGUAAGCAUCUUGUAUGGUAAUUUUUAAAAUGAACUCUAGUAAAAGAAAAUCAAUAUAUAAUAUUGUGUUACA